UUGGCAGUGGGAAAUAUAGACUUUGUGACGGGACAACUGAGAUGAAACUUUGGAGAGGAGUAUUUCUUUGAUUUUACAAUAGAGGGAUGAAUCUUACAGUGUUGAAAUUGGUUGUUUCUGCCGGUUCCUUCUUUACGUGUCUUUCUUUAAUUUUCACCGAUGUGUGCCUUUUGGGUCGACAAGAUUGUUUACCAAGCGCAAGGAGCUUCCAGAAGAAACUGGUUGGCUCUUUGGAGCGACUGUUUUUUCUGAGGUCCGGCGGAGACCUCGAUCUUGACGAAGAGAUCUUUGACAUGUCAAAAGGACUAAACCACCAUGUUUGGGAAUACAACUGUUUGAAGAGCAUUGAAGCCCUUUGCAAUUUCCCAAUCUUUCCUAAAGCACCGGAUAAAAGAGAAAUAAUAUCACGAACAGAAAUCACUACGCGGAGCCGUCGCCGCGUGGAUGCCCAUCGUUUACUUGGUUUUUUGGUUCCAAAUUUAUCAGGUGAACAUCUCUUCGCGGUAACAUCGAAUGGUUUUGCUGAAGUCUGGCUAAGUCCUGAUAAAAGUUGGAGGUCGGCAAACCAGAUUGCUUACAUCAGGCAAACUGAUUUGAAAUCUACAACAAAAAAAUGGGACUUUGAGGCUGUAAAAUCACAGAUUUCCGCCGGAGUUUAUUUAGAGGCGAGAAAACGAUAUUUCAUUGAGAUCGUGUACUCCCUUGGAGGUCGCAAAAGAGGCGAGAACUUUCUGCAAGUCGCCUGGAAACGACCAGGAAAAUCCACGUUUGAGAUUAUUGAGAGCGAAUCACUCUCACUGUAUACAAAUGACAGUGAGAAGGACAAGUACAAAACCUAUGACGAUCGUUUACCCAAAGCUCACUACUGUGCAAAAUAUCAGAAAAGCUACGCAAACAAAUAUAUGAGAUCAGAGCCAUAUCCUAGCUUGGAUAAUUCCGCCAUUAGUGGUGCUUUACCAUUUUGUGACUACAGUCCUAGCUAUAUUCUCAAUCCUGCUAAAUUAGAUGGGUUUGAAAAAUACCAUGGCGUAAAAAAACAUGUGCAUAAAACGUACGGUUACCCAUAUCCAAAUAUUGAUGGCAUUAUCAGAAGUCACACGGCGCAUAACGUGUUUUUGGCUGAGGAUCCCUUAGAAGAGGAAGAAGCGUGGUCCGUGGUUGAGGCGUAUAUGGAAACUGUGGAAAAAAGCUAUCCAGGGAAAUAUGAACUUGAGGAUAUCAUUCGCGUUGAAAAAAAGAAAGAUCCCGAGAAAGGAAAUAGAUAUCUUCUGGAGCUUGCUGUAAAAGAUCUCACAAACUUUGAUGGCUAUAUUUUAUCGGAAUAUAUUUUUAAACCGAAAGAUAGAAGUGAGUCGUUGUGCUAUCCCAGAGGCCUACAAUGGAACAGGACAGCAGAUGUCUAUCUGAUUCUCACGGUCAAGAACUUGGGUCGGUGGGUUCAUCACUUUAUCAAGAACGUGGAAGAAAUUGUACGAGAAACGAAAGAUGAACACUUACAUGUGGUUAUAUUUGACUUUAACAGCCCAGAUAUUGACUUAGAGCACGUUUUGAGAAGAAGCAAUCUGAGGAACCAUCAUUAUAUCUCAAAGCCUGGUAAUUAUUCGCGCACAGUUUCCUUAAUGGAAGCUAUAAAGUCAAUAGAUGAUCCUGAAGCCAUUGUAGUAACCAUUGAUUUGCAUCUGGAUAUCGGAAGUCAGAUGAUUAACGACAUACGUAAGCACUGUAUCAAAGGAAGGACCGUCUAUGCUCCCCAAAUCAUCUUUCUAAAUUGUGGUGGAAGCAGUGCCCUUCCCAGAGGCUCAUGGUACCACUACAGCUAUGGAACAGUUGCUAUGUAUAAAGAAGACUGGGAAAAAUUUGGAGGCUUUUCACAGGGUUUUGUUAACAAAACCACGUGGGGAGGAGAGGACUGGGACAUCAUUGACGGCGCAGUCAAGGGUGGCCUGGAAAUAGAAAGGAAACGAUCACCAUGGGUCUAUCAUUAUUACCACACCAAAUAUGGAAUGUGGUAAUCGUAGGAAUGAGUUAUUGGCCAAAUUUGACGCCAAGGAGACUAGGAACGAGGUUUAAUAUCCAGCUAGGCUGAAACCAAUCUGCCGUCACCUUAACUAACAGGAGGAGGCGGGUGGAAGGGGUUGGGGAAACGAACUCGAACGUGAAGUACGACUGUCGUUAAACCCAACAAUUGCUCCUCGAGUUUCGAAGAAAAAGUAUUUGUAAAUCUGCACAGUACUCCUCGAUGAGCUGGACUUUAAGUAAACGAGAACUGAAUACUUGUCACAGAAGAGUUUUAAUUUGUACAGUUGGUCUGAUGAAAAUAGUUGAGCAUAUUACAAAGAGACGCCCUUGAUCGCCACUUUCGCUUGGCUUUACGCCGUAAACUUCAUAUUUGUGCUGCUUAUAUAGUAAACAAAAACACCCAGAUAUUGAUCAUUAAUAUGUUAUAAUUUUAUUUUUCAGUACAAUAUGACGAAUGUGAAAAUGACGCAUGACUAAUACUUAGAAUUUCAAAUUAAAACAGCCUAUAAAGGUACCGAUGGGAUGAGAUUUUAUAUAAUACUUACAUAUA